CUGACUUACAGUCCUUUGAACAUGAUAGGGGUCUGUGGCUAUUGGUCAUCAGCUGAGGCCGAUCCCGCAGAUGGACGAGCCGGAUGUGACGACCUCGUUGCAGACGAGGAUGAGGUCGAUUUGCAGAAGUGCCAGUCUGUUGGAAAUUAAGUCUUAAACGGCUCGUGGUCCGAUGAUGGACAUAGAGCAGUAGGUGCACGGCUACAAAUGUAGUCUCUACAAAGAGUAACCUGAACAUCAUUAAAGAUGCAUCCAACAUGCCCGCAUAACUUGUGACAUCUGAGGUUUUAUGACUUGUGACAAAAUUUGACAUUUUGGGGCCUUUUAUUGUCCAGUUUAAGGAUUGUCCGGUUGUUGCUCAUUUUGUCUGAUGUCACUGGACAUGCUCCACCCUGCACUGAGUAAAGAAACAACUCACUGAAUAAUGCUGACUGACAGCAAGUUGGAUUCAAAAUUAUACACAAAUCAAGAGAAAUAUUACUUUUGUACAAUAAAAUGUCAGCAAACGCUCAUUUACAGUUGUUAACUCCAGAUGGCAGCAAUAUUUGGCAUGCGGUGUUUAUAUUUUUGUUCAGCGUAGCUGUUUCUUUAAAUGAAGCUUUGAUUGAUUUUAUUCCAGAUGGUUGACAAAAUCAUCAUUUUCUUUGACCUGGAGACCACUGGAUUAGAUACUUCACAGUGUGACAUCAUCCAACUGGCCGCUGUCUGUGAGGAGAGAGUCUUCAAUAAAUACACUGUCCCUCAGCAAAACAUUGAUGAGGGCGCCACAGAGGUCACAGGCUUCACAGUGCAAUCUGGUCACCUGGUCCUCUACGUGUCUCCCGUGGAAACCGUCCCAAUCGAUGACCUUCUGACCUCCUUCAUCGACUUCCUGCGCUCCUUCCAACGCCCCGUAUUGCUGGCGGCCCACAAUGCGAAGCGUUUUGAUAUGCCUGUGCUCACCAGAGUGAUGAAGAAGUAUGACCUGUACCCUCAGUUCCAGCAGGUGGUGUCGGGCUUCCUGGACACCUUAUUGCUUAGCAAGAGACUCUUCCCGCGCAUUAAGGGCUAUUCACAGGUGUCUUUAGUCAAGAUCUUUCUACAAAAGUCCUACGAUGCUCAUAAUGCAGAGGAGGACGCCAAGAUGCUGCAGGAGCUGUAUAAGGUGUGGAGACCUGAUAUGUCCAAGGUCGUUAUACGUACUUUUAAAGUAGAUGAAAAGUACCCUUACUAAAGGAAAAAGUCUAAUAAUGUACCCCGUUUCUGUUGUUAUAUCAACAGAAACAAACCGUUCUGAGUGAGGUUAAAUGUAGUUUCUUUUUUUUGUCCUCAUGCACCUCUAAAUCAAUGGAGAUAUUUAUACACAAUGAAAUGACAUGACGGUUAAAUAAUUUUUUUUGUAAUCAGAGAAUAGAAAAGAAUGAGACCUGUUUAAUUUAUUUAGUCCUGUAGCUGUGCACUUUGUUGUUUCUGUGAGAAGUAUGACUUAGUUUAUUUGUAUGAACCAUUAAAACUUAACUUUCUGUACAUUCCUAAAACCUCUUAUUUCCACCAAAUCAUAGAAAUCAUACAGGGAUUUUACACAGAAAUGUGUCUUCUGGUUGUCUUGUAAAAGAAAAAGAAAAUAUUUUAUAUGCUUCGUAUAUCUCUUAUGCACCAUAGUGUAAAAAUACAUAUACAUGGUCUUACAUACUGUACGUAUCAUGGAUUUUGGGAUUUUCUUUUUGAUUAAAUGUUGACAUGAAAACUAUUA